AUGAGCCUUGCGGGAGACCCAUGUAGCUAAUUCUGAAUGUUGCCAAAUCGCCUUGUGAAAAAUACAUGCACUUCUCUGACAAAAGGUUGUACAAAUAAUUAUUUAUAAUCGCUGGAAGUCCAUGUUGAUGGAGCUUGUCUGAAAUAAUAUCAAUGGAAACUGAAUCAAAUGCUCCUUUAAUGUCUAAAAAUGCAGAUGCCAUUUGUUGUUUUUGAGCGAAGGCAAUUUGGAUGUCAGACGAAAGUAAUGCAAGGCAAUCAUUCGUCCGUUUAUUUUUACGGAAGCCAAACUGAGUAUCUGACAACAAACCGUUCGUCUCGACUCAAGUGUCGAAACAUCGAAGAAUAAUUCUUUCGAACAAUAUUCUGAUGCAGGACAACAUUGGAUCUAUAUGAGUUGUUAUUGGAAGCUAGUUUCCCCUGCUUUUGAAUGGCGAUAACUUUCACUUGCCUCCAGUCAGGUGGAACAAUAUUUUGAUCAAGAAAUUUGUUGAACAGUUUAAAACAAACGUCUUUUUGCAAGGUCGGGCAUAUUCUUCAUCAAGUUGAAUUUAAUUCUGUCCAACCCAGGAACGUUAUUGCUACAAGACAUGAGUGCCAUGGAAAAUUCCAUCAUUGAAAAGAGGCUAUCAAUGGAAUCAUAACUCUUUAAUAAUGCUAUGCGUUGGAACAGAAUCUGGACAAACUUUCCAUGCAAAAUCAAAUUUUCAUCGGUUCGAGUAUUACUCACUCUCAUUUCCUACGUUACGAUUCCUCAUUCGUCUGGCCGUAUUCCAUAGAGCGCUCAUUGAGAUUUCUCUUAACAAAUCUUCGACAAAAUGUCUCCAAUAGCUAUAUUGCUUGUCCCGAUGUAUGCUCUUGUACUUGGUUUCUAAAAUCAAGAAUUUUGCAAAAUUCUGAGGAGUUCCUCCUCCUCGUUUUAAAAACGUCUUGAAAGCAUUUUGUUUCGCGUGUUUAAUAUCUGAGCACUCUUUGUUCCACUAAGGGUUUGGAGGCCUUCUGUUAGACGAUGGAUCAAGAAAUCGUUUGGUUUGGCCUUGUUCUGCGGCCUCCAGAAUCGAACAAACGCGGAAGUCAUAUUCUUCAAGUGGGGGAAGCUCUUCCAUUGAGUUCAAGGUACUUGAGAUACUACUUUGAUAUUUAAUCCAGUCAACAUUUUUUGUCAAAUCUUAUGGAAUAUUAACUGAAUUAGGAAUGCCUUUGUUACUGCUAAUUGACAUGAUGUUUGGUAAAUGAUCGCUACCGUGUAAAUCAGGAAAUACUUUCCAGGUGCAAUCUAGUCGAAUUGAAUUUGAGCAAAGAGAUAAAUCUACAACUUACAUUCGAAAAAAUCCGUAUCAAAUCUCAGAUUGCACUGACCGUUCUUUUCGAAAUUCGAGUACAGGUGACACUAAAACAACCUCAUAUGUAUUGAUUACAAAUCGCUAAUCAAUAACAUUUUGUUGUGAUAAUUAUUUUCACAACAGUUUUGAAAUCUAGAAACCAAUUGGCUGAAGCUUACAACAAUAUUCAACAAAAACAACCACCCUAAGUCAACCAUCAUAUUCGGAAAAUCGACAAAAAAAAACUACCUUAUCAGCGCAAAAACGCCGCAAGUAACGCGAUUCACCUUUCGUUUGCUGAUGUUAGUGCCAAUGUGCGCGUUAUAAGCCGAGCGGGCAAAUUAAUUGAUACUACGAUGUCGACGGUCGUCCCGUGCCUUCACCGCCGCUCAUCGUCGUUCACCGUCAGUCGACACCGGGUUUGAAAACGUUCCGCUUGUUUCAACCAUCCGACUACUAGCCAAACCCAAUGCCGAACGUCACUGGCACUGUUGCGGAGGCUAGGCGCGCACCGCAUUGAACCCUCGCACUUUAAGCCAACGCAACGAGCGGAGUUCGAAGCCGGCUGGAAGAGAGGAGCACUGUGAAGUUAGCUCAAGCAAGCGCAACUCAGUAGCAUUUCGGCGGUUGGCGGCGUGACGUGAAUUCGGUUCUCCCAUAGUUUUGUGUAUAGUUUCGUCUCUGGCGUAUAUUUGGGCCGUUCGUCACCCCAUACAAAUCGGUUGAUAAACGCUAUCGAACCAACAAACAAACUGAUUUCGCUAACGAAACGAUUCCGAAAAGAAGAAUUCAACAAAUUUAUUGGUGCCCGUUAGGAAGAGAAAUAUGAACGGAUAAAUCAUGAAUGUGUGCCACAAGAAAGGUGCUUUAUGACCCUCGUGACCAACUGAAGGAAAGGAAAAGUUGCUGCUGUUGAUGGCUGUGGUGAAACGAAAUUUAGCCAGGUCGUAAAAGUACAAAAAAAUAGAAAGAAAAGAAAAAGUCAGCGAACAAGUGCUAUCAGCGGAGGAAUGAAGUACGAAGUGAAAUGACUUCAUUAGUGCAAAAUCGUCGUGUCAGUGAUUGAAAACGAAGCCGACAGUCUAGAAGAAAGUCGAUAGAAAAGCUCGGAUGAUCUUUAUUGCGUGGAUUACGUGAACGAGUUGAGUGCUUUUUCUUCACUGCAGCAGUGUUUAGGCGGCCCCCUGACGAAGGCUAAAUAUCCAAAUUUGGCACUGCAUGUUUGGAGUUGAACGGGGAAUUCCACCAAGUGAUAAAUCGGGAAACACCGGGAGAAGAUCACCUGCAGCGUUGCAGUUCUGAAACUCUAAAGAUCAACCACCACCCCCACUAGAUCCAGCCUACCUAGGAUGGCGUCGUCCAGGGUGCUUCCAGCGGUUAAGCUUUUGUCCUACCAGUCCAUGUCGUUGGUUUUAGCAACCGUACUGCUACUACUUUCACCCAGUUCUUCUUCGUCCUUCACUUGCCCGACGGGAUGUGCGUGCAAUGAGUCCACCGUCACGUGCACCAGUGUUUCGGGUUUGCGAGCUAUCGACAAAAGUCUACCCAUUAACCGGUUGGUACUGUCCGGAUUGGAACUGACCAAAAUACCUGCCCAGCUAGAAAACAUUCGAAAUAUAACCGAGCUGGACCUCUCCAACAAUCACCUGUCGGAGGUCAAUCAUCUGGGUAAACGAAUACGGAAAUUGGACUUGAGCCAGAACAAAAUUACGUCCGGAAAGUUGGCUAAAGUUCCGACGUUCGUAGAGUCACUGAAUUUGACACACAAUGAAAUUACCUACCUGCCGUUGCAUUUGAUGAAAUUGAAGAAACUGCGAUACAUCGAGCUGGCAAACAAUCCGAUUAACUGUACGUGCGAAACGUUGCACAUCCGGAACUGGUUGACGACGAGGCACGUGUGGUCGGAUCAGCACAUCAAGUGCAAUGCCCCGCAGGAGUUCAAAGGUAGACCGUGGUUGCAGGUCAAACAGGCGGAUGUUUGUCACGGUCCGAUCGGCAGGAUGGGUGGCUACAAUUGGGAUGAUUACGAGGAUGAAAACGAUCUGAUGCUGGGAGAUCAGGCGGAUUUGGAUGGGGACGAUGAGAAGGAUGAAGAAGAUGAAUUCAAUAAAGAGUAUUUUCCCGUUGGAGAAAAAUUGAAGGCACACGAUCCUCCGAUCGAGAUUGAAAAUGAUGAGGAGCUGAAUGAUGGUUCGGGUGACGGCGCACCUACGGAUAUUGGAGUCGAAGAGGUGAUUGCGGCCAGGAAGGUUGUGGAUGUUGCCGCAUCGGAAGGGUCUGGAGAAGAAAGGAACGAAACAAUUCCGGCGGUUAGAGUGGCUCAAAUUCAAAAUGCUGUCGAAGGAGAUGCGGAUGAGGACGAUGGAAGUGGCAGCGGAGGAGGUGUUCUGAUCUAUGGAUCUCGAGGAAUCGGUGAGGAACAACACACUUCCGAAGGACCCGGAAGUGAUGACGGUUUCGAAGAAGGUGAUGAAGAAAGUGAAGAGGAAAAGCCAAUUACUCCACCGGACGGUUUGGGUAUUUUCGGUAAAGGACUUGAUGACGAUACAACGGCGACAACGUCGACAACUGAAUCUACAGUAGCUGCUGUCGCCAUGGGUGAACGAAUGGAGAUGGGCAAGGAGUCCGCCGGUGAUACCGAAAGUACGGCUGCCGAUGAUGAACUGCGUAUUUCGGAAGAACCAACUCGUGCAGAUACCGACAGUCAAGGAACGUAUAUUUUGCUGACAAUUCUUGGAAUCAUUCUUCUUUCUCUGAUUAUAUUGGUUAUGUGCAAGCGUAAGCCGGAUGCCAGAAAUCGAAGGGACAAAAGUGAUGUGGAGGCAGCCAACGGACGCGAGUUGCAAGAUAUGGACAAGAAUUUACUUGGAAAACCAAUAGAAAAGAACGGUCAUAAUCUCCCAGAACGGGUUCCCUUGAUGAACGAUAAAACUGAUGCCGAGAAAGUUUUCAAUGAUAAGUCCAACAACUACGUACCGACGAAACCGGAACGAACUUCUCUGGAAAAACCUUCGAUGGAAUCCUUCAAACCAGUACCCGCUGAUAGAAACAAAAGCAAAGAAAGUUUGCAUGAAAAUACACCCCAAAACAAUAACAACAACACGGUUCCGCUCCAGAACGGUAACGGUACGCUGUCCCCCGUAAGCAACGGUGAUCCGGCCAAAGUUCACCAACCCAAUCAUAAUGUGCCAUCGCAGAACGACGAGGUGUUCCUUCCGCCGAACGGCAAUCCCAAUCAUCUCCAUCCCGAGCCACCCUCGAGCGUAGUCGACUCACCAAAGUCCAAACGCUACAGCCCGAUCUACGCCCCGACAUCGCCCAAAUCCGACCGCUACAGUCCGGUCUACUCGCCGGAAACCGGACGGGUCAAAAUCAAACUAACCGAAACUCCCAAACCGAAAACUCCCAUCUUGGUCACGCGAAGUCGAUCGAGAGCCGGAGACUAUAUCACAACGCCGGACCAGAAGUUCUGAUUCCGACAACACGAACAACGACGGUGCACACUGCAGGUACGGCUGCAGCAAACUUCCUAGCGAAUCGUGGGCGUCACAAGUUCGGUGACGUCCCUGAGCAUAACUAAUCCGGACGACCAGUCUGUACUUUUAAAAUCGAAGCUAAUAUCGUCACUAUCGGGCGGAAGAAAGGCCACCGGCCGCCGAUGCGAUAAGGACUAAAAGAGUAAAUCGAGUCAAUUUUUUUUUUGUAUAGAUAAACAAUCUGUUUGGCAACGAGCUUACGAUUAACUAACGAAUCAUGUGCGCUCAAAACAGUUACUUUAGGAAUAGAAAAACGUCGAGUUUCAAGUGGUAAACUCUUUCCGACUCUGUAUUUUGAACAACUGUCAUUCGAAAAUAAAUCUGUAUGAACAACAAGGGGAAUUCUGAAGAACAUUGCAAUCCAUCAUCAUAAACAAAAAAUGCACAAACCGUUAAAUACUGUAGAAAUAAAAUUCAAAGCUGACGACAAAAUGUUUUGAAUACUAGAGAAGUCGAUAAGACAAAAGAGAAAUUGCAUAUUUACAGUGGAAAACUAGUGAACAUAGAACAAAUAAUGAAUUGUGAUAUUCAAAUACGAGAGGAAAAAAUAUUUACCGAACAGUGGACGCCUGUUGAACGUAAAUAGAAGUCCAACAGUAAAAACAAAAAAAAAUUGCAACGUUCCUCUAUCAUUUAACCAGUUCUUCUUCCAUCUACCGUAUGGCUCACGCAAAAUGGCUGGCAAACUCAGCGCCACACGAAUGUAAAUAAUCGUUAGUCAACAACACAACCAUAACAAUUUACUGAGCUAAUCAUUUAGAAUUCAAACAUGGAAAACAAAGCAAUGCCAAUUUAUUGUGUAGAGUAAUAAUUAAACAAACAAAAAAAAACUAUUCGGAAGCGAUGUCAACCAAGUCUGUUUAUAGUGCUCUAGUUUACUUUUGCAAUUAGUGCGACAGAGGUUAUUCAGUAAAUUAAUUCGUAAUUCAUACUUUUUAGAAGGCAAACUAAUUUUGAAAGAAAAGAAACAGAAAAACGCUGGAAUUGUUUUACUUUGUUCGGAUCCUUCGUAGGUAAUAUAUACAUAGCGUAAAGUAGUGAUGUAAUUAAUGGCUGCCUUAUAAGGAAUAUACAAGAAGAGUAGGGAGUAGAAGUGAAAAAUAAAAGCAGUUUGUAGAAACAAAAGAACAAUCACACGGUCCUGGUGUGUGCGGAAAAGUUUGCAAUCAUGGUUUAGUUUUCUGAAGAAUAUGAAGAUUGUUAAGUUUUAAUAAUUUAACGAAGAAAAUGCUACGUGUAUGUAUUUAAAUUUUAAAUAAAUUAUACUAGAAAUUACCGAAA